CGUUUAAGUUUGUUUGUAUAAGAGAAUAUGUAGCUGAAAUCAACAUAGCAUUUAAGCAAACGAAAUGAACACACAAGCUUUGAAAAUUCUUGUACCGCGAACCGCAGCUCGAGAACCCCUGCAAUCAUAUUUCGUUCUAAGUUCCAUCGAUCAGCACGACAGCAGUAGCAUCACGCAAUCAGUUUAGAAAAAUCAAAUGCACACACACAAGCGCUGCAUUUUGGCGAAGCGGAGCGAGGCAGAGCAUCGAGAGACUACGAAAAGUCGGAGUGCGGUGAGAGAACGACGCCGCCGAGAUCAACAUCCUCACCAGCUUCGGUUUGCAAACCAACACGACUAGCCUGGAGGUGUGAAAGAGUUAGCGAACCUGAUUAUGACCGAGCGCCUCCCCAGUCUGGCUAUCAGGAGAGAGCAGAAAAUCUCUCACUCUCGAUAAACCCGUCUGCAGAGCAAUCGGGAAACUGAUUUUGAGAAGGAGUUCAGUUGGAGCCCGUCCUCCAAGGCAACCACACGCACGGGAAACCGUUAUCGCGAGUUUUUUCAAGUUAGUGCAUUUUCUGGGUGGCAAACUGGGAGCAAAUCCGGCCAUAUUGAUUAGUGCUAGUCGCGGAGGAAAAAAUCAAAUAGUGCGCGGAUAAAUUUUCAGGUGUCAAGCGCGACACUCGCGCUGAACCCCGACGGAAGGACAUCACAUUGGCUAGAGCACGGUGAAUCGCCAUUUUGUAAAUCGGCAGCGAAAGCCACGCGGCGUCACAUCGGCGUGGGCCAGCUACUCCAGAAAACCGGGAAGAUACUCGUCCGAAGCGUUGAAGCCAGUGGUUCGCAAACUCCAAAGCUUGCACUACGCAACCAGACCAUCGCGAGACCCGAGUCAGACCACCUCUACGGACCAACACGUCUGUGGCGAAACAGAAAGCCUUCCUAGGAAGGCUUUCUUUUUCUACCGUUUCAGUAAUCCGCUGAAAUCGAGCGAAUACCAGAGGACGAGCGAGGGGUCGUAGCGUAGACUAAUGCGACGGAGCUGGCUGAAUUCAGCGUCGGCAAAGCGAGAUAGGUGUUAUUAUCGGGCGGAGCACUAACAGCCAAGACGAGCGAUAACCUUUCGCUGACCGGGUCGCGGGCAUUUGGAGGAGAGCCGCACCAGGCGAUUAAGCGGGCGCCCGGCGGCGUGGAUUGGUAGCAGCCUGGAAAGAUUUAGGUGGACCGCAUCAACCGCCGAGAGCAAGGAAGGCUUGCGGUGUUGCGGGACGAGAUGCGCCACGACAUCGGUGUAAGCCAGGGCGGUCUCGAGCAAGGCGGCGGUUCAACCGGCAGUAUGGGUGCACCCAAGUAGAUUGCGCGCGCGUGAGUAAAUAAAAUGAAGAACCAAAAAUAGAGUAAGAGAGAAAGGCAAAGAAGCAUAGGAAGAGGAGGCAGGAUGACAGGCAGGAGAAAUUAAGAAUAAAUGUAGUUUAUAAAACCUAUUUGCUUUGUGGACUUUAUCUUCAGUUUUGUGGCAUUCCCUGAGAUUUUCGGGACUGUUGAGGGCUUCCACUUCCCCCCUUAGCAGGAACCUUGCAACAUUGGCGCCCAACUGAAAAUCCACAUAUAGAUACUACCGUUUAGCGAUUUUUUGUUUGGUUUGAUGAUAUUUGGUUUUGUGCAAUUUCGAUGAUCUGGCCUACGAUAAUCGAUACAAUUUUAACCCUUACGCAGUAAGUUCGAAAGUUAAAUGGACUUUACCCAUUUGACUGACGAAGAGGUGACCUACGAGUUGGCUUUGCGCCACGUAGUCAACUUAGGUCCGACUACCCAUAGAGGAAAAGUUCUUCGCCUUAAGGCUCUCGUCCAAGAAGAGAGCUUGAAAGACAACAAGCCCACUAGCUCAGAACACGUCAUGAGUCCCCAAUCCAACUUAGAACUUUGCGAAGCGCAAGUUCAUCAGCUUCACAUCAGCUGCGAAGCAGCCAUUCGUACAGCUGACAGUGUAACCUUACACCAAAUUCGGACACGUCUUCAUCAUUACCGCGACCGUCUACAGUUGAUUCGUCCGCCAAGUGAAUCGCGGGAUACGCAUGCAAUGCUAACGGUGCAUGUCGACGUGCUUCUAAACAAGGUGAACGGAACAAGUGUAGUGAAUAGUGUACCGCGAAAUGAGAGUGUUGAGACUCAAGCAACUUCGACUGGAGCCAUAAGAAGGUACAACGGCGGAGAUGAAGGAACAGUCGGAGGAGAAACCACGAUGCCAGUGGAAAGCAUUUCAAGACAAGACACCACACCACCAUCAGUAGUGCAGCCACCGCUCGUGACGUCAUUAUCGGGUGGGCAAGGCAGAGGAUUGUUGUUUUCGAGUUCGUUCCAAACGCGAGACAGCGAAGAAGCAGAACCAGCAGAUACGAGGCACCGAAACAGCUCACCUCCCCCUCCCUACCUGCCUAGAGAGCGGGAAACAUGGAACCCGUCGACCAGGGAACAACAAUCGCGGGAUAACCGCGAGUUACAAGCAAGAAUCAGGGAGAUGCAGGAGAGAAAACAACACAUGCGUGAGGAGUACUACAGAAUGCGAGACAACCUGGAGCGGUUGAUCCGUCGAGAGCGGCCAGCACCGGAACGAGCGGACGAUCGCCGAAUACAGAAGGCCGUUCACAACUGGCCAUUCAAGUUCCGCGGCGAAAAGAACACGACAUCACUCAACGUGUUCCUAGAUCGCGUAGAAACGUUCGCAAGGUCAGAAGGCAUGAGUGACGCCACACUCCUGAGCUCCAUCAAACACCUACUACAGGAGGACGCCAUCGACUGGUACUCACGAGCAACCUCGCAAAACUUGUUGCGAACCUGGGACCAAUUCAAGCGAGAGAUUCGAAGAGAAUUCCUGCCCAGCGGCUACUCCCAAAUUCUUCGUCUGGAAGCUAGCUUCCGAUUCCAAGGAAGAGAGGAAUCCUUCGCGAAAUUCUAUCGCGACAUUUCAGCGCUUUUUCGCUUCGUCGAUCCACCCAUACCAGACGACGAGAAGUUCUUCCUGAUAAAGAAGAACAUGAACGAGAACUACGCAGCCAUCGUCACAGCAGCGAGGCCUCGUUCACUGGAAGAAAUGGUGGAAGUCUGCACCGGAUACGACGAGACGAGAAUGCUUCUGAACAGACAGCGCAGGAUUCCGAUUCCGCACAGCGCGCUUCUGGAACCGAACUUUGCUACGCCAGUAGUAACCAGCAGACCACCAGCGGUUCAGCAUCAUCAACAGCCACAGCGGUUCAACAGGGUUCACGCCGUGGAAGUAGAAGGCGCUUAUGAGCACGAAGCGGUAGAGGAAGGACCAGAAGAAGAUUGGCAGCACACAAUCGACGAACUGGCUGAGCAAGUCAACGCGCUGAAGAUGAACCUGGAGCGGAAAUCUGCGAGGCCAAUCUUGGCCGCACGCGACGAGAAACAGUCCAGGUCGACGGACAGGUACAACCGAACAGAAGCUGAUGUUCUGCGAGCAGCGCGACAGUACACAAGAGAAGCGCAAGCUCCGGCACAGCAGCAACGGCCACUAGCCGCAUCGUUCCAGACUCGGCCACCACAACAGCAGCAAGAACAGCCGCAAAGAGCACAGGGAUGGCAAUUACGACAGUGGAUGCCAAGUUCGGAUCAGAGCGACAACAACCGAAGAAGUCAACGUCUGUUGCCAGAACCAGUCAGGCAACGGGAAGAUCGCCAUAUACAACAGGAAGAAGCUCCGAACGAUCAACGACCAGCAAUGCUCUGCUGGAACUGCGACGAGGAAGACAACAGAUUCAUGGACUGUCCGAAACCGCAAGCCAUUCUCUUCUGCUACCGGUGUGGACGGAAGGGCUACUCGUUGCGCAGUUGCUUCACGUGUCGCACGGACGCGUUAAACUACCCAGCGGAGAACCAGCAAUAGAGGGGAGCAGCUCUCCGCAAAAUCUCGGAGACCCCUCCGACAUCCCGGAAUUUCAAAACCUCAACUCGAUCAUUAUCAACCCCGGAAGUGACAAUAGACCGCACGCCGUCAUAUCAGUGCUGGGAAAGGAGUUAACAGCUUUGCUGGAUAGCGGAGCAAACUGCUCCCUACUAGGAGGAAAAAGAGUCGAGCUGGCGGAAGACUGCGGUUUGCAGAAAGGAACCGUCAGCGGCGGAAUAAAAACGGCGGACGGCACAAGACACAACAUUUCGCAUUUCGUAUAUCUCCCAAUAGUGUACAACAACCGCCACGAAGUUCUUCCAGUGCUUUUGGUACCUUCGAUUCCAGACUGCGUCAUCCUAGGAAUGAACUUCUGGGAAAAGUUUGGCGUCAAAGCGGUGUGUUGCACACUGGAAGCGAAGCAGGAAGACCAGAUCAGCGAAGACCAGGAGAUGAAGCAGCUCAGCCCCGAACAACAACGGCGACUAGAGCAGGCGAUCAAGAAAUUUCCGAAAGCGGUAGAGGGAAGACUAGGACGCACGAAGCUGUACGAGCAUCGAAUCGAUGUGGGGAAUGCACCGCCCCCCCAGACAACCAGUAAUCGUAUAAGAUGUUGCAUAAGAUGAUAAAGUGGAGGCCAUAUGCGUGCAUGCCCGCAUUUAGGUACAUGUAAAAUGUACGUAUAUCGCCUCCACUUUAACAUCUUAUUCAACAUCUUAUACGAUCACUGGUUGGCUGGGCCGUAAACAACGGCAUUACCCUAUGUCGCCGUAUGUUCUACAGGAGGUCAACAAGGAGAUCGACCGGAUGAUAGCGCUGGACGUCAUUGAGGAGGCGCAGUUCUCGCCAUGGAACAAUCCGCUGGUCGCCGUCAAGAAGAAGACUGGGCAGUAUCGCGUCUGUCUGGACGCGCGUCACCUCAACUCCAUCAUGGUGAACGAGGGCUAUCCGAUACCCCAGAUUGCAGCGAUCACCAACAACCUCCGAAGCAGCAAAUACAUUUCUUCGAUCGAUCUCAAGGAUGCCUUCUGGCAGCUACCACUUCAUCCAGGUUCGAGACAACUGACAGCCUUCACCGUUCCAUCCAGAGGCCACUUCCAAUUCAAGGUGGUGCCUUUCGGGCUGUGUACGGCAAGUCAAGCCCUAGCGAGACUUAUGACCCACCUAUUCACCGAUCUAGAACCGCUGGUAUUCCAUUACCUGGACGACAUCAUCAUCUGUUCCGAGACAUUCGAAGAGCAUAUCGCUCUGCUCGAAGAAGUAGCCCGCCGGCUACGCCAAGCAAAUCUCACGAUUUCAUCGGAGAAGUCCAAGUUCUGCCGGAAGAGCAUGAAGUACCUAGGCUACGUAAUCGACGAGCAAGGUUGGCGAGUAGACGACGAGAUGAUCCAAAGAAUCGCAAAGAAGUGCAGCGAUUUCUCGGUGUUUGCAACUGGUACCGACGCUUCAUCGCCGGUUUCUCGCUGCUAGCAGCUCCGCUAACAAACUUGACGUCAGGCAAGACCAAGUUCCGUUGGAAUCCGAUAGCUGAAGAAGCGUUCCUCAAGCUAAAAGCAGCUCUGGUUUCGGCACCGGUACUGGCGAUGCCGGACUACAGCAAACCAUUCGCAAUAGCGUGCGAUGCUAGCGACACAGCAAUCGGAGCAGUGCUAACGCAGGAGAUCAACGGCGAGGAACAUCCCAUCAGCUACUUCUCGCAAACGUCAGCGACUGAUUGCGUGAUGCUACUGCUGUCUUGCUGAUCGAUGGAACUUAGAACGAAAUAUGAUUGCAGGGGUUCUCGAGCUGCGGUUCGCGGUACAAGAAUUUUCAAAGCUUGUGUGUUCAUUUCGUUUGCUUAAAUGCUAUGUUGAUUUCAGCUACAUAUUCUCUUAUACAAACAAACUUAAACGUAACAGAUUAACAAAUUGCAAAUUAACAAAUUAACAAAUUGUACUGAGCACUGACUGGAGUUGAAGUGUCGCUGAAUGGCGACAAAAAUAGGAAAUUAAACAAAUUCACUAACAUGAGCUAAAUGGCUCAGCACGACGUGCAACAUGCUGAUUGGUGAAACGCUAGAAAUUAAACAACUUAAUAGCAAGAGCUAAAUGGCUCAGCAUGAAGGUAGCGAAAGAGCUUAGGAAACUAUAAAAACAAAGCGUAGAAUAACAAAUUGGUGAUGGUGCACAAGGCACAUAACGCCUCCCCUCCGAAGAAAUACUGCAUGGUGGUACCGGAGGGGAAUUUAAGGUGGAGGUGAACUAGGAGAGUGUUUUUAGUGGGUAGGCGCACAUUCGAAUCCCACACAGCGUCUUUAGAAGAUUUUUGGACUCCUAGAAUAAAAAAAAACACACACACACACACACACACACACACACACACACACACACACACACACACACACACACACACACACACACACACACACACACACACA